UGUUGCUGGUCCAGCCUUUCAUUUUUAUAUAUUUGUUUAUGUACAUUUAGCUCAAAUAUUGUACUUCUUUUUCAUUUUGGCCUGUUAAGAGGAGGAUGAGUUCGGAGACGGUGGACCGCGUGGUCGGCAGUUGGCCCGGCACGCCUCUUCAGAUGUCCUGGUUUGAGUUCCUGCUGGACGACAGCCUGCUGGAGAAGCACCUUCAGAAGUCCAACCCAGACCCGUUACCAGUGCAGCUUAUCAUCCAGUUCCUGGAGCAGGCGUCCAAGCCCUCCAUGAACGAGCAGAACCAGGUGCAGCCUCCGGCGGACAACCGCAGGAACCGCACCCUGAAGCUGCUGGCGCUGGAAGUCGCCGCCCACAUGAAGUGGGAUCUGGAUGCUCUCGAGAAAGGCUUGACCAUUCCCGUCUUAAACAUGCUCCUGAACGAGCUCCUGUGUGUGAGCAAAGUGCCACCGGGGGUGAAACACGUGGACCUGGAGCUGUCCACGUUGCCUCCCACCACGGCCAUGGGUGUCAUCAUAUACAACCGCUGGGCCAUCAGAACCAUCGUGCUCAGCAGCUUCCCGGAGAAGCAGAUCAAACCGGGGUCUCACCAGAUGAACAUGCUGAGCAUCAUUCAGCAGGAGAAAGAGAUGACCGAAAACAUCCUGACGGUGCUGAAGGAGCAGGCGACCGACUCCAUCAGCGUGCUGGAAGGAGCUGUGCAGCUGAAGAAAGACUUCUACGUCCACACGCUGAGGACUCUGGACCUGCUGGCGGCCGACGGCGCCGCCAACGGGGAGACGGAGUCCUCCACCGCCGGGCUGCGCAUCAGCGCGAACGAGCUGCACUGUCAGGUGCAUUAUGACUUGGGAGGUAUUUUCUUCCAACAAGGCUGCACUGACCAGACGGCCUACCAGAAGGCCCGGGACCACUUCCAACAGACAAAGGAGCUGCUCACUAAGCUGGACUCGACUGUCCACGUGCAUCUGGAUGAGAAACGUCUGGCCGGCUACUGGAACGCCUGCAAGGCUCUGACCGAAGACUGCGACCCCUCGGACUCCCAGAACAUGCCCUACAAUCAGAUCAACAGCCUGAUCCGGGCGCAGAGCUACCCGGCCGUCAUCGAGUCCUUCAUCAAAGACAACGCGUGCCGCAGUUUGCCCAACAACUUCCGGCGGUCCGUCCUCAGGGAGUUCCUCUACAAAGCCCACCAGGGGGAGGCGAGCCUGGAGGAGGUCUGCUUCAAGCUGUGCGUGUGCAAUGCCGUGCGGGACGCCCUGGAAGGCGAGGUGCUCAGCGUGCGCUUCCAGCAGCUGCUGCUCAAGCCCAGCAAGCGGCUGGUGGACUUCAUCUUGGAGGUGUGCACGCGUUCUCUGGAGAAGGACCGGCCGCCGGAGACAUCCAGAAAGAACAUGGCCACCUUCAUGAAGACUCUGUGUGAGACCCUGGAGGAGCUGCCGCUGCUCUUCACGAUCUCCUCUCACAAGCUCUUCACGGAGCUGUUGACGGAGGACGAGAGGAAGGUCCUGGUGGAGCAGCUGAGGAAGAGGUCCACCACGAUCAACCUGAGCGCCAAGCCUCUGCCCUCCUUCUACGACAUUCCAGCGUCGGCGAGCGUGAGCAUCGGGCAGCUGGAGCAGCAGCUCAUCCUGUCGCUGGAGCCGCGCCGGAUACGACAGAUCCUCAUGGAGCUGCACGGCAUCGCGGAGCGGCCUUUCUGGAGGGUCAACAGCAAGUGGGAAGUUCCUCCGGACUACAUCCACGUGAUCCUCGGCAUCAAAGACAACCUGACGAAGGACCUGGUGUACAUCCUCCUGGCCAAAGGACUCCACUGCAUAUCGAUAAAGGACUUCGCCCACGCCCGCCAGCUCUUCUCCGCCUGCCUGGAGCUCGUCACCGAGUUCUCCCCGAAGCUGCGGCAGGUGAUGCUCAACGAGAUGUUGCUGCUGGAGGUCCGGGCGCACGAGGCCGCGGCCGCCGAGGGCUGCAAGGAGCGGCCGCCGCCCGACCUGGUCAGCCGGGUCCGAGGGUACCUGGAGAUGAGGAUUCAUGAUCUGCCGCUGCGCCAGGUGGUGGGCGAGGAGUGCGUCGCCUUCAUGUUGAACUGGAGGGAGAACGACUACCUGACGCUGCAGGUGCCGCCGUCGCUGGUCAUGAACAACCCGUACAUCAAGCUGGGCCAGCUCCUGGCGUCGACGUGCAAAGAGCUCCCGGGUCCUAAAGAGUGCCGGCGCACGGCCAAGGAGCUGUGGGAGGUGGUGGUGCAGAUCUGCAGCGUGUCCAUCCAGCACAAGAGGAACCACGACGGCCGAGUGGGCCUCAUCAAGCACCGCGAGUCCUCCAUGGGCAUCCUCUACCGGAGCAAAUUUAUCACUUUCAUCAAGAAACUCAGAGAGCCGCUGGUGCUGACGACCCUCAUCUCGCUGUUCGUGAAGCUGCACAGCAUCGUGAGGGAUGAUAUAGUAAAUGAAGUGACAGCAGAACACCUCCCCAUCUGGCCGUCUACUCUUGCAACCAUACAGGCCGUAGACGUGGAGGCCGUAGCCGUGACGGUCAAAGAGCUGGUGUCCUACGCUCUCACCCUCAACCCCAACAACCAGUCGUGGCUCAUCACACAGGCGGAUAUCUACUUUGUGACCAACCAGUACUCCGCUGCGCUGAACCUCUACCUCCAGGCCGGCGCCGUGUGCUCGGACUUCUUCACCAAAGCCGUCCCCCCCGACGUCUACAGCGACCAGGUCCUGAAGAGGAUGAUCAAGUGCUGUUCCAUGAUGAACUGCCACACACAGGUGGCCAUUCUCUGCCAGUUCCUCCGGGAAGUGGACUACAUGACGGCCUUCAAGGCGCUUCAAGAACAGAACAGCCACGACGCCAUGGACUCGUUCUACGACUACAUCUGGGACGUCACCAUCCUGGAAUACCUCACCUACAUCCAUCACAAGCGGGGCGAGGCGGAGAAGAGACAAAUCGCGAUCAAGGCGAUCGGGCAGACGGAGCUGAACACCAGCAACCCGGAGGAGGUUCUGCAGCUCGCCGCCCACAAGAGGAAGAAGAGGUUCCUGCAGGCGAUGGCCAAGCUGUACUUCUAGGAGGGCCGAGGGCCACUGGACAGACUUUCGGGGGAGGGGUGGGGUGUAUAUUUUUUAUUUUGUUGUAGAAAAUAAAUACAGUUUGUCUUG